AUCCCUUCAUGUUUAUAUCAAGACAAAAAUUAUUAUGGAGAAGUUAUUGAUGAUAAGUUUAGGAGGCCAUGGAUGAGAAUUUCAGCUGUUUCAGUGUGGGGAAUGACAGAUACCUCAGUCUUGGAUCAAUGGAAAGCAAGUCUCUUUGUGGAGGAGUUCCUAGAGAAAAAAACAGUUACAGGAGUGAUGACCGAGAUUGACCAUGGGUUUGAGGAAAUUGUUCCAAGUUCAAACCCAAACUCUCCAAUCGAAAUAGAGGAAGCCAGUUUAUAUACUGAUACGGACUAUAAUGAAGUCUUUACACCUAUUGGCGGUUUAGAAAAAUGUUCAACACUUCAAACACAGAACAAAGAUUUAUAUAUUGAUGAAGAAAUACUUUUUGUAAAUAACUUGAUGACAUAUAAAAGUCAACUACCAACUGUGCAUACUCUGUUGAGUAGGCUAAAACCAUUUUUGAUAAAGGACCCCAUUUUAGAUUUCAAAGAACAGAUCUUCACAGAAGCUAAUUUCUUCAGGGAACAUUUCUCAUUUCAAGGAGAUUUGAAAAGUCUUGUGAAAGAAGAUUUUUACAUGCAUAAAGAGAACUUUUGUCAGGAAAAGCUAGAAGAUACAGUAGGUUUAAAUAAAACUAAUACUUUUUUGUCUGAGUGUGAAUUCUUAAUAUCUACAAGCUCCAAACAAGAAGCUGAUAUUCCAUCACUCCCCAAACUGAAGGAAUCAUUAAACUUAGUUCCAGAAAUAAUAAAUUAUGCAGAUGAAAAUGAACUUUUCAAAAGAGAUCGUACUGCCAAGCAUGGAAGUGACAUUGAGGAUAUAAAAUGCAGCUCCACAGAAAUUUUGGCCAUUCAAAGCCAUUGUGAACCAGAGUAUAGUGAACCAGUGGAGUUAGAAAUGCCAUUAACUCAUCUACAUCUAACAAACCAACCUUCUUCCGUGACUUCAUUAUGUACAAGACUUCAGACAUUUCCAUUUUCUCCUGUUUGUAAAAUUAAUUUGCUUUCUGCUGAAGAAUCAGCUCACAAGUACUGGAUGAUGUGGCAGUUAGAAAGCUGCAGAAGCUCUUUGAACCCAUUUUUGUUUACAGUGUCAAGAACUGAAGAGCCCCGCAGCCAAUGUUCAGUUACAGAUUUGAAAAAGAUAUUUUCUAUUGAAGAAGAAAGCCUUGUAGUUAAUCCUAUAAGCACAGAGUGGUGGAAAGAAGGAGGACUAAAUCUGAUAGAAACAGAAACUUUGGAACUUCUGAAAACGUAUUUGUCUGGUAAUGAUUUAUCUUCUAGUGAUACUACAAUGGAGAUAUUUUUGCCAACAAAACUACUUCAAUUAGAAUCAUCGCUAGAACAUAAAAGUUGUUCCUCACCUAUUGAACUUAUUGAUGAGAAAUCUACAAAUGAUCAUUUAUUACUUUCACAAAAUAUUUCAUCUCCAGCAAAAGAAGUACCAGACUUGUGUUUUUCUGAUGAUAAUUUAUCUGUUAAGCAACCAACAAAAGAAGAAAACCCAAAGAAUGAUCUAGAACCAGUUUACAGAAUAAGCCAAAAUAAAGAAAAUGAAGAUUACUUGGAACUUGACUGCGCAGUACCAUCUGAUGAAUUAUCUUCCUCUCCAAAAAUUGAAAAAGCAUCUUUUAAACAUGGUAAAAAAUGGGAGGAUGAUUUGGAUCUUUUGAGUGACUUUAUUAUGCUGAGAAAUAAAUAUAAGACUUGUACCUCCAAGACUGAAGUCACAGGCAAUAAAGAAAACGAUGAAUUUCAAGAUAAAGAAGAACCUUCUUUGACUCUUCAGGAAGCAAGUCAUAUUGUUUGUACUCCUAAAGCUCUAGAGAAAAUAAAUCAGGAAAGGAGAGCAGAUAAUGUCAUUGAAAUUCAAGCAUCAGAUAGCCAGUGCCAAGCAUUCUGUCUCCUAGAAGCAGCAGCUACUCCUAUCUUAAAAAAGCUUGAAUGCCUCUGUACUCUCCCUGCUGCUGAUUGGACAUUUGCCACUGUCAUUUUUGACCAAACAAGGUUCUUCUUAAAGGAGCAAGAAAAAGUAAUAAGUGAUGCUAUUCAGCAAGGUACAAACCAUGGAAAAGAAAUGACAUUUAAAUAUGCUGCUCUCUUACAUCUUCUGGUAACAAUUAGAGAUGUCCUUUUAACGUGCGGCUUGGACACAGCAUUGGGAUAUUUGUCAACUGCAAAAGAUAUCUACAGAAACAUUUUAGGCUCCUAUUUGGAUGACAUUUGGAGACAAUUGGAGAUUCUACAGUUUAUUAGGGAAAAAAAUCCUGAAACCAACUACAAGAUACAAGAACUGCAAUGUCAGAUACUAAAUUGGAUGCAAAGUGAACAACAGAUUAAGGUGCUGAUUAUAAUAAGAAUGGACUCAGAUGGUGAAAAACAUUUACUCAUAAAAAUUCUUAACAAAAUGGAAGGUUUAACUUUGACUGUCAUACAUUCAAACAAAAGGAAAGAUGUUCUGGAAUCUGAAGGUGUUUUAAAUGGUACAAGUUCCUGCAUAAUUGUACAUAAUCAACAUAUUGGAGCAGAUUUCCCAUGGACUAACUUUUCAUUUGUGGUGGAAUACAAUUUUGUAGAGAACUCCUGUUGGACCGAACACUGCAAGAAAUUGAAUAUUCCUCACAGGGCCUUCAAAGUGAUUCUUCCAGACACAGUUUUAAAGAGAAGUACCUUGCUGGAUAGUUUUGGUGGUUUUCUUCUGGAAAUUCAGGUUCCAUAUGUGUUUUUUGCAUCUGAAGGACUUCUUAAAACUCCAGAAAUACUUCAGUUGCUAGAAUCCAAAUAUAAUAUCACACUAGUGGAAAGAUGCUGCAGUGAGUCAUUGAAACUCUUUGGAGGUACAGAGUCUUAUGUGGUGGUGACAAUUGAUGAACACACUGCUGUAAUGUUGCAGGACCUAAAAGAAUUGAAUUGUGAGAAGGCAUCAGACAAUAUCAUUAUGAGACUGUUGGCAUUAUCAUUCCAGUACAGCUAUUGUUGGAUAAUCUUAUAUACCAAAAAAACAUUAAACUCAGAGUACCAUCUUACAGAAAAAACACUUCAUCAUCUAGCACUGAUUUAUGCAGCUUUGGUAUCAUAUGGGCUAAAAUCAGAAGAACUGGAUGUAAAGCUUAUAAUUGCCCCAGGAGUGGAAGAGGCUGCGCUGAUAAUUCGACAAAUUGCUGAUCACAAUUUAAUGACCUCGAAGAGAGAUCCUCAAGAAUGGUUGGAUAAAUCCUGGGUUGAAGUUUCACCAUCAAAGGAGGAAAUGUACUUACUUGAUUUUCCAUCUAUUAACCCACUGGUGGCUCAGCUCAUGUUAAAUAAAGGACCUUCACUGCACUGGAUAUUAUUAGCAACUCUGGGUCAACUUCAGGAGCUUUUACCUGAAGUACCAGAAAAAGUGUUAAAGCAUUUUUGCAGCAUCACUUCCUUAUUCCAGAUUAGUUCUUCGUCCAUAACAAACUCACCUCAAAGUCCAUCACCUCAGGAAAAUGGGAAUCAGACUAAUACCUUUACCUCCCAGAGUUCAGCUUCUGGCUCUUCAAACUCUGUCUUUCAAGAACAUAAUGAAUUUUACCACUAUUCAGACAUAGGAGAGACAGUAUACGAAGAUACAAACAGCACUUCAAACUCUAAGUCUUCCCUUAUGGAACUAAGAGAAAUGCCAUGCGUUUUACCACCUAUGACUUCUUACAGUCAAGCCAAUUACUGGAAAGAUUCCAGUUGUAAUGCUAACACAGUACAUAAUCCUUUCCUGAUUAAUACAGAAUCAAGAACUGUGACUGGUAACUCCUUUCAAAACCAGAAUGAUUCAGAGUCAGAUGUCUUUUAUUUGGAUCUAACACAAAUGAGCUGUGAAAACAUAACAUCACCAAUUGACACUCAGAGGAGAGUUGCCCCUAAUUUCAUAAGUUAUCAGGAAAAGGGAACACAUGAUGCAAAAGGGCCUAUAAAAAAAGGAGCAUAUGCCUCUAACUUUUCUCUAGAAGGCGCUCAAUCUCCUCUUCCCUGGAACUUUAAGAAAAAUGUAUGGAAACAACAAAAUCACUCAUUCAACUUAGAGUAUGGUGCAGAUCAGACUACAUGUGACAAAUGGUUCUCUCAGAAAGAUAAUUUAUUCACUAAUCAGCAAAAAUAUCCAUCGGAUGAGUUAGAAGGCUUCAUAUAUGAAAGUUCAAAUGAUGAGACUAAAAAGACUUUCUCAAAAGAAUUACCAUCUGUCCCUAGUUUGGAUUUCUUUUGUGCUGCUGAUCCUAAUGUAAAUCAAAAAGAAUUCAGCAGUCUUUAUUUCCACCAAGGAGCUGGAAAAUGUAUAGGACAGAAAAGGCACUCUGAAUCCUCAUCUAACUCAGGAGACAAGAAAUCAUUACCAGAUUUCAUGUGCUCACAACUACCACAAUUCAAAAAACGGCGGCUAGUGUAUGAAAAAGUCCCUGGUAGAGCUGAUGGACAAACUCGUCUGAGGUUUUUUUGAAAGAAAUGAUAGUGUUCUGUGCCACAUUUCUGUUUUUGAUGAAAAUCUAGUAACAAAAUGAUUUAGAUUUGCUCAUUCAUUAAAGAAAAUGCAGUUGUUAGAUGUUCUCAGUGUUUUUAUAUUAAAUUUUCAGAAUCUACAUUCUGUCCUAUAGGUUGCAUCUUUGUAAGUAAAAUAUUCUAAUUGGCAUAAAUGUCAUAAGAUCCAAAUAUCUUCCAGAUUCACCUGAACAUUGUAAGCCUUUUUUUAGAGCAGUUGAUAUGAUAUAUACAUUUAGAGCAAUAGCAAUAUAUAUUGUCUAGUUGUCUUCUGAAGAGCUCACUGCUUCCCACCUUCCCUCCAGCAAGCCUUUUUAGAAAUGAGCCUCCAUCUCAGUCUGACCCUUUAAGUCAAGAAGUGAAGAUCACCAGAGUCAACCCUCCAUCACUAAGAAAGUUAAAAUCUAGGCAAAGUUGGAAAACUUCCCAUUUAAAGUGUUCCCUCCAGGGGUGCACCUGACUGGCUCAGUCAGAGGACUGUGCAACUCUUGAUCUUUGGAGCAUUAUUAGCUGGAGCCCCACAUUGGGUGUAGAGACUACUUACAUAAAUAAAUAAAUGCUUAAAAAAAUAAAGUGUUGCCUUCCUAAAUAAAAAUUUAAAACAAGUCACUAAGAAAAUAUUUGCAACCUACAUAAUAAAAAAAGAUUUAUAUUCCACAUAUACAAAGAAUCCUACAAAUUGAUAGGAAAAAGAUAACCUAAUAGAAGACUGAGCAAAAUAUAUGAAUAGAUAUUACACUGAAGAAACAAAAAUAGCCAAUAAACAUUUAUCCGUACCUUCAUUACUCAUCAGACAAAUGCAAAGGAAAACAAAUCACCUAUCAGAUGGGCAAAAUUUUUGAAAAUUAACUGUAUUUAAUGUCCGCAUAUUGGAGAAAGAACAGUUUCCUAUACUCUUGGUACAACAUUUUUAGAGGAUAGUUUGUAUAUUUUUUAAUGGCUGAUUGUAGGUUUCUAUUACUAUGGUAUUUAUAUUCCCUUGAGUACAUUUUUUAAAAAGAUGUAAUAAUUUUAUUUUAAAAUGUCAGAAUUUUUAAUAAAGUUACAUUCUUUGCAACUAUUUGGUUAUUAACAAAACUUUUAUAUGUCAUCUCUAAAAUGUAGGUAAUGGGUUUUUGACAUUAGUGGUACACCACCAAAAAUGUUUAAAGAUCACAAGCACACUCUUUUUCCUGGCUUCUGAAAUUAUCACCCUAUUACUACCAAAAUUGACCUCUUCCUUCUUAGAUCCAAGAGACAGAUAUCACCUUAAUUGACAUCUCUUCAGUGUUUGAUACUGUUAAUCGUGUCCUCCUUUUUGAAAAGGGCUCAACACCACCUCUUACCUUCCUCCUCCUACUGUCUUCUUGCUAUUAUACUUUUAUUUAUAGGAUGUUUGGUUUUGCUUGAUUAUGUAGCAGGUAGAGACUUUAAAGAGAAACUAUUUCUGGAAAUCUAAUUGCAAUUUCUGUUCUAGUCUCUUAAAGUUGUGGCAGGAUUGCUUCUAAACUAAGGUAAGGCUAAGGCUUCUCAGCUUGCAGAUCUCCUUUAUCCUGCCUUUAAUCAGCUUCCAGAGGAGAGGAGUUUCUUCAUAGACCAUAGACUGCAGCAAGUCUUGAGGCUAGGCUAUCAACACUCAUGGCCCUGCUUCCUCACUAAAUGGAGUGGAAGUAUCUGAGUCCUCUCAAUGGCACCUGCUGUUUAAGGACACAUUCUGCCUGGAACUGGAACAGUCUGUCAGAGGUAUUGGAAAGCAAGUCUUAUGUUAGGAGUCUGGGAACAGUGGAUUAUAGUAAGAGUUUUGCUUUAGCAGGGCACUCCCUUGGAGUCAUUGUCACAUGAGGUUGGUUGAUCCAUAGAAGCCCAAAGGGCCUAGCUGAGCCCUUGUUAGGGGUCCAGAAGGGUGGAUCUAGCCUCCAAGAUCCUCUCCUAAAUUCCCCAUCACAAGGAAUUGUUUGAAACAGCCCCAACUUCUCAGGUUGCCUCUUGCAAUGGAACCUUUUUUUCCCCCCCUCUGAGAGCAUUUCCCUGUGAAGUUUUUCAUGUUCCAAAGAGUUACUUGUAGGGGCUCCUGGGUGAUUAGUGUCUUCCUUCAGCUCAGGUCAUGAUCCCAGAGCCCUGGAAUGGAGUCCAGCAUGGGGCUCCCUGCUCAGUGGGGAGUCUGCUUCUCCUUCUCCUUUUGCCCCUCCCACCUGCUUGCGCUUUUGCUAGCCCUCUGUCAAAUAAAUUUUUUUUGUUUUUUUAAGAUUUUAUUUAUUUAUUCAUGAGAGACACACACACACACACAGAGAGAGAGAGAGAGAGAGAAGCAGGCUCCAUGCAGGGAGCCUGAUGUGGGACUCGAUCCCGGGACUUCAGGAUCAUGUCCUGGGCCGAAGGCAGGCGCUAAACUGCUGAGACACCCAGGGAUCCCCCUCAAAUAAAUGAAAUCUUAAACAAAAACAAAAAAAAAAAGAGUUACUUGCCUUUAGAUCCAUUGUUGGUGAUAGUGCUACUCACUUUUGAGGCCUUUUUAGAGAUCUUACUGUAAGUUUCUAGGUCCAGCCCUAAGUUUGUAGGCCUCACCAGAACAUCAGCAGUCUCUUCCAACUGUGGAUCGACAUAGAUUCUCCUUCCCUUGCCACUGAGACUCAGGGCACAAAUUGGAAUCAACACCAGGCGUCCCACUCCUUGCCUCCCACACUAAUAGCUUGGUUAUGCUCCCUGACAUAAUAAGCCUGCCCUGAAACAAGGGAUCCAAUAAUUUUAAUAAAUAGAGCAGCCUGGGUUAUAGAGGAGGUGGGGAAUGCAAAGAGCAAUCCAAAAUGAGAACUGAAAAAGUACAUUUUCCUGUCUUUUUAUCUAGUUUAUGAUUUAAUCAUACAAGUUUUUUUUUUUAAGAUUUUAUUUAUUCAUGAGAGACAUACACAGAGAGAGAGAGAGGCAGAGAGAGAUACAGGCAGAGGGAGAAACAGGCUCCAUGCAGAUAGCCAGAUGUGGGACUCGAUCCUGGGACUCCAGGAUCACACCCUGGGCUGAAGGCAGCACUAAACCGCUGAACCACCCAGGAUGCCCAUAAUCAUACAAGUUUUUAGCAAUACUUAAAUAGAAUUAUUUAAAUUAGAUUUUAUAUAGUCCAGUAUGCACAUCUUUUCUUUUUUGAUUUCUGGGUUUCCUGCCUUGCUUAGGAAGACCUUUUAAUUUUUUAACUUAGUCAUACAACUGUUCCCCUAGUUUUUCUUCUAAUGCUUUUGUAUUACCUUUCUUUAACCCAUGUUUUUUUCUUUACAUAAUGCAAGCCCAAUUUACUUCCUUUCAAAUGGAUGGCCAGUAAUGCCAGCACCGUUUGUUAGUAAACUGUAUUUUCCUACUGAAUAGGAAAAGUUAAGUCUAUUUCUGAACUGUUAUGAUCCAAUCAUUUGUCUAUUCCUAUAUCGCAAUAAUUUUGUUUUUAAUUUUUUUAAAAAAAUCAUAGUUUUGAUUCAGCAUCUUCAAAGUAAGGUUGGUGGUUUUUUUUUUAAGAUUUUAUAUAUUUAUUUUAGAGAGAGUGCAUGUGAAGGGCAGGGAGGGGCAGAAAGAGAGGGAUAGGGAAUCUCAAGGAGACUCUGUGCUGGGCAUGGAGCCCAUGGAGCUUGAUCUUAUGACCCUGAGAUCAGCCUAAACUGAAACCGAGAGUCGGACAUUAACUAAGCCACCCAGGUGCCCCAUAUUCAAAGUAAGUUUUUUUUUUAAUAAAUUAAUUUUUAUUGGUGUUCAAUUUACCAACAUACAGAAUAACACCCAGUGCUCAUCCCGUCAAGUGUCCCCC